GAAAUUAUGCGUGGGAACGCGAGUGGAAGUUCGUCCCGCGUCGAGGACGAGCGGGUUAGCGAUGAGCGGACACCGCUGCUCAAGUCGACGACGGAUCAACCUCAGGAUGGACGUCCUGAGCCAGCCAGCGAGACGCCGGGGGAUGUCACUGAGCGAGGAGUGCCUGAAGGACAAGAGGAGGAGACGACGGUUGUCGCAGAGGAGGUGUCGUUUGCAAAGCUGGCCCUCAUCUUUUCCUCGGCGUGGGUUGGCGUCUUCCUGGGCGCCAUCGACUCGACCAUCAUCGCGACUCUCUCGGGUCCCAUCUCGAGCGAGUUCCACUCCCUCAGUCUGCUUUCGUGGCUGGCAACCGCCUAUCUAAUCUCCAAUGCCGCGUGCCAGCCAAUUUCAGGCCGCCUCACCGACAUCUUUGGCCGCGGACCUGGCCUGGUUUUUAGCAACAUCUUUUUCGCGGCUGGCAACCUCAUCUGCGGCCUGGCGCGUGAUGAGUCUGUUAUGAUCCUUGGACGAGUUGUUGCGGGUAUUGGAGGCGGUGGAUUGAUGAGUAUCUCGACUUUCUUGGGCUCGGAUCUCGUCCCGUUGCGCAAGAGAGGCAUUGUCCAGGGCUUGGGCAACAUUUGCUACGGCUCUGGAGCUAUGCUGGGCGGUGUCUUUGGAGGCUUCAUCAACGAUCAUACUGCCUGGGGCUGGAGGCUGGCCUUUUUGAUCCAGGUUCCUCCUGUUCUUCUGUCAGCCGUGGCUGUUGCGUUCUUGGUCAAGGUGCCCCCGAAGCAGUCGGACAAGUCGUAUCUCGCGCGCAUCGACUUUGUAGGAGCUCUUCUUACAUCAUCGUUCCUGGUGCUGCUACUUCUAGGCCUCAACUCUGGCGGCAAUCUCGUCCCCUGGAUUCAUCCUCUGCCGCUGACGACUAUCCCUUUGGCCGUCAUCACCUUUGGACUGUUCCUGUUUUGGGAGAGCAGAGCUCGGCAGCCUAUUAUCCCUGUCAAACUGCUCCUUGAACGGACUGUGCUGGCUGCUUGUCUCUGCAACCUCGUCUGCAGCAUGGUCGUCAUGGCGGGCAUCUUCUACGUUCCGCUCUACCUGCAAGUGCGCGGUGCCAGCGCCACCCAGUCUGGAGUUCAGCUUCUGCCUUCACCCGUUGGUAUCUCUGUUGGCUCGCUCUCUUCGGGCUACAUUAUGAAGAAGACGGGGAGAUACACCAAGCUGGGCGUUGCGGGUCUGCUCGUCCUCAUCCUGGGAGUCGUCCUCUUCACGGUCCAGGACGAGCAUAGCCCCUCGUGGCUGACUGCGACCGCUUUCUUCUUUGUCGGUUCUGGCUACGGCUCCAUGCUCACGACGACACUUCUUGCCUGCAUUGCCGCCGUGGACCACUCCCAGCAGGCCGUGAUUACGUCUGCAACUUAUCUCGCUCGAAGCCUCGGUGGCACUGUGGGGGUGACCAUUGGCUCCGCAGUCUACCAAAACAUCCUCAAGGCCCGUCUGUGGGAGCGGUUCGGCGACGAGCCCGGCGCCGCGGACGAGAUCAGCCGAAUCCGGGAUGACCUCGAAGAGCUCAAGCACCUUCCCGAGGGGUGGUAUGAUGGGGUUAUGGCCUCCUUCAUGGAGGCUUUCAGGGGCGUGUGGUUGACUCUGCUGGGCAUGUCCAUCCUGGCGCUCAUCUGCGUUUCUAUGAUGAGGCAGCACACUCUACACUCAAAUCUCGAGAGGCGGUAA